GACUGUUCACUUAGCUGAUAUAUUAACUCAGUUCAUGCUACGUAAAUUGAAUCAUUAAAAUAUGAGUUUUUAAUUAUGAAAGUAUUCACAUAUUUUUCCCUUUGACAAAUUAUUUAUUUGUUAUAUGUAUUCGGUGACAUAAACUUAUGAUUUCUUUCGCUGCUAAAAAUCGUUUUGUGUAAUGGUGUGAUUGUUAUCUGUAUAAUUUUGUGCAAACUCAACAAUGUCAUCAUCUAUCACUUUUCAUCAGGGCAUGAUGUCUCCUCGCACAGCCAUCAGUCUUGUGCUUUGGAUUAAUUUGGCUUGGAAUAUUUCUUCGAUUGGUUUUCAAAUGAUCAAGAAGGAUGAUAUAGAAAAUGCAUUUCAUCAUGAUUCUAGCAAUGAAACAAACAUGGUGAUCACUUGGAUCGAACUGAUUAUUAUCCUCGUAUGCAUCAUGAGACUCAAUAAGGAGAAAUUGACAAUGUUGACGUAUGCCAUCGCAGCUUUGUUAGUUGAUGCUGUCUUUUGUGUUUUUCUCAUGUUGAAAUUCUUUUUCGGAAUCAAAAAUGGAUAUCUUGAAUCGUAUCAACUAAACUUUGAAACAUCCUACAUCAUCAUUUUACUGUUUACUUCCAUUUUCAGAAUUUUUUCUGCGUUCAUCCUUUACCUGAAUAAAAUCGAGGAUAAGGAAAUGUCAGAAAACCAGAAUACUUUCCAACAGACUGUUUCGUAUAGCAGGGAAGCUGACCGCAGAGUAAACGUUCAAUUUCGCAACAUUCGUAUUUAAAUCUCUAUUUUAUUUGAGUUUUUCUUUAUUUUGAGAAUUUUAAGAAAGAUAACACAUCCUAUGGGCUAAUUAAAAUAUGAAUAUGUUUAUAUGGGUAGGUACCCACUAAUCUAGAUUUAAACUGACAAUUUGAUAACCUAACUUAUUUAUUUAUUUGUAUGUACCUACUUGAAUCUCAUUUAAACAAGAUGAGUACCUAAUUCAUAACUUAGGUUUUUAGGUACCUACUUUGAUUAUUUUUAGCAUAUUUGAUAUGUUUAAUUCGGAAUACUUACUUUUUAAUUUUAUGUUUUCUUUUCUUUUUAUAAAUAUUUCUGGAAUUCAUUUAAAUAAAAAUUACUUACCUUAUUCUAACGAAA